AUGAUUAUUUCUUGGAAUGUUAGAGGGCUGAACAAAAAGGAUAAGAUUAGGGAUAUUAGCUCUCGUCUCCUAGAGCUUAACCCAAACAUUGCUAUUCUUUUGGAAACUAUAGUGAAAAAGGAUAGUGUGGCGCAUAUUAGAAAAUUGCUCAAUUUCAAAGGUGUGUUUGCUGACAACUAUGAGAAUCAUGGGAAUGGCAGAAUUUGGCUAGCGUGGAAACAUAAUUGUAUUGACAUCAAACUGGUGUGUAGCACUAGUCAGCUUGUCCACUGUGGUGUUUAUGAUCUUGUUGGUAAUUUCAUGUUUUGGUUAACUGUCAUUUAUGCAAUGAAUACCCUUGAACAGAGUAGACUUUUAUGGAAAGAUUUAGCUCGUAUUCACAGCCAACAACGUGGUGCUUGGUGCUUGAUUAGUGACCUCAACAAUGUCAUAAAAACUCAAGAUGGGAUCGGGGGGAGAAUAGUGACUGAAGCUGAAUAUAAUGAUCUUGUUACUAUGAUGCAAAAUGUUGGCCUUUAUGAGAUGGACAGUUUAGAUGACUACUACACCUAG